AUGUGGCCAGGGGCCCCCUCCCGUCUGGAGCCAGGGGCCCCCCGUCUGUCCGGAGCCAGGGGCCCCCCGUCCGUCCGGAGCCAGGGGCCCCCUCCCGUCUGGAGCCAGGGGCCCCCUCCCGUCCGGAGCCAGGGGCCCCCUCCCGUCCGGAGCCAGGGGCCCCAUCCCGUCCGGAGCCAGGGGCCCCCUCCCGUCCGUCCGGAGCCAGGGGCCCCCUCCCGUCUGGAGCCAGGGGCCCCCUCCCGUCCGGAGCCAGGGGCCCCCUCCCGUCCGGAGCCAGGGGCCCCAUCCCGUCCGGAGCCAGGGGCCCCCUCCCGUCCGUCCGGAGCCAGGGGCCCCCUCCCGUCUGGAGCCAGGGGCCCCCUCCCGUCCGGAGCCAGGGGCCCCAUCCCGUCCGGAGCCAGGGGCCCCCUCCCGUCCGUCCGGUGCCAGGGGCCCCAUCCCGUCCGGUCACCACUGGGCCCUGCACCACAGGGGGCCCUCCCACUGACGUCUCCUCAGAGCACCACCCUCACAGCAACACUACCUCACAGCACCACCCUCACAGCACCACCCUCACAGCAGCACCAGGGGGCGAGAACCCUGACGUCUCCUCAGAGCACCACCCUCCCUGCACCACCCUCACAGCACCACCCUCACUGCAGCACCACAGGGGGCGAGUACCCUGACGUCUCCUCAGAGCACCACCCUUACAGCCCCACAGGGGGCGAGUACCCUGACGUCUCCUCAGAGCACCACCCUUACAGCCCCACAGGGGGCGAGUACCCUGACGUCUCCUCAGAGCACCACCCUUACAGCCCCACAGGGGGCGAGUACCCUGACGUCUCCUCAGAGCACCACCCUUCCAGCACCACAGGGGGCGAGUACCCUGACGUCUCCUCAGAGCACCACCCUUCCAGCACCACAGGGGGCGAGUACCCUGACGUCUUCUCCCAACACCAACCUCACAGCAGCAGCAGCAGAGGCACCACCUCACAGCACCACAAGGGGCGAGUACCCUAA